UGGUCAAUCUGCAUUUCACGCGUCAACAUUCCUCAUUCAUUUUGAUGUCUGAGAGACGAUAGGAGCUUAAAUCAAGCAUCAACAACACAACUCCAUCGCUCAUAUGUUGUUUCUUAAGCCUCUUUGCGAUUUCUCCCAUUGUAGAUAGCCAAACUUUGUCUUACUUCUGAUUCCCAGUUAAUGUAAACCCGGUUUGUGAAUCAUGAUGCAAGAAUCCAUUCACCCACACACCAACCGGAAAUGUCACCUGAACAUCUCGACUGCAUCAAGGUAAUAUUGCACUUUUCAUUUCAUUGAAGUUUAACAUCAAUAUUGUACAGUGUUAUAGAUUAAAGGUUUAAAACCGAUUCACCUGAAAAGGUUACGCAUAGAAAUGAACGUCACCCAGCCAAUAAAGAAAGCAUAGUAACAGCAUCAGUAAAUCAAUAUUGACUUUGCUUUUGGGUUUAAGCAUUUACGGAGUAUACUGCGCAUUUUUGGAGAGUUCUUUGUGUCCAACAAAGAUGAAUCACAUAUCACGCAAUCACGCGCACACACGCACAGGAUGCGGGUUCCCUGCAUCCUGUGUGUGUGUGUGUGUGUGUGUGUGUGUGUGUGUGUGUGUGUGUGUGUGUGUGUGUGUGUGUGUGUGUGUGUGUGUGUGUGUGAUCUCUGUGCGUGCGUAGCUGCAGCCUUGCCUUUAACAGAGUCGGACCUCAGCGGGAGUGAGGACAGUCCUCCGCAGCGUGCACCGCAGCGCGCACAUCUGGAUCAGCCGGCACGGACACCGUUUACUCUUUACAAGAGUGUGUCCAUGGAAAGGAUUACUUUAACUGUCCCACAUCCAAAGCGACACAAAGUGAAGACAGCGCAAGUGGCUGGUCUCAAUCUUCGUGUUUUUGUUUUAUUUCAGAAACAGUCUCGAAAGGGCAUCGAAAAUGAAGACCAACAGAGAUCGCUGGAGGGUGUACAAGAGGGCGAGUAUCAUGUUCUUCCUGGCUGUGGUGGCGCUGACUGUUGUCCAGAGGGGGAGCAUCAACAUCGGGUCUCCCUUCGAACUGGAGCGGCAGGCUCGCAUGGAAGCAUCCGAGGGGGCCGAGCGGGGGGGCCGAGCUCACCCGGGGAUGAAGAGCUUCUGGAAGGCUACCAAACGCCACCCGCCGCCUAACAAAGCUCGGGCCAGCACGCAGCCUCCCGGGACCAGCGCGGACAGCAGGCCCACAGCCUGGGACGUCACCAGCUCCAACUGUAGCGCCAACCUCAACCUAUCGAGUCAGGAAUGGUUCACAGGCCUGGAGGACAAUUUCAAGCAGUUCAUGCUCUAUCGACACUGCCGCUACUUUCCCAUGCUCCUCAACCACCCGGAGAAGUGCACGGGGGAUGUGUAUUUGCUCAUGGUAAUCAAAUCCGUGGCCACCCAGCACGACCGGAGGGAGGUCAUCCGAAAAACCUGGGGCAAAGAGCAGCUGGUUGACGGCAAAAAGAUAAAGACCCUCUUCCUUCUCGGUAAGCCCUCCAGCGCGGCGGAGGGAGUGCACCACCAGAAGCUAGUGGAGUACGAGGACUACAUCUACCGGGACAUCCUCCAGUGGGACUUCCUGGAUAGCUUUUUCAACCUCACACUUAAGGAGACUCACUUCCUCAAGUGGUUCCACACGUACUGCCCCGGUGUGCGCUUUGUCUUCAAGGGAGACGAUGACGUCUUUGUGAGGGUGGAGAAUAUUUUCGAGUAUCUAGAGAGCAGCGAGGGGGCAAACAACCUGUUUGUGGGGGAUGUGAUUUUAAAGGCCAUACCCAUUCGUAAUAAGAAUAACAAAUACUACAUUCCCCAGGCUCUAUAUAAUAAGACGCUCUACCCUCCGUAUGCAGGUGGGGGGGGGUUUCUGAUGGGCGGGACCCUGGCGCGGAGGCUUCAUUGGGUGGCAGACUCCCUGGAGCUCUACCCCAUCGAUGACGUCUUCUUGGGCAUGUGUCUGGAGGUGCUUCAGGUCACUCCGAUAAAACACAAUGCCUUCAAGACGUUCGGUUUGGUGAAGAAUAAGAACAGUAAGUUGAACAAAGAACCGUGUUUCUUUAAGAGCAUGAUUGUGGUGCACAAGCUGCUCCCGUCGGACCUCAUGGGCAUGUGGAAUCUGGUCAACAGUGACCUCGUCUGCUCACAUAAAGUGAAGAUCCUAUAGCCUGACGGGAGCACCGGGUAAAGACAGCAGCCACGAGCUGAGCUGUACCUUGUGGAUACUGUGAUGCACGAGAGCCCCCUGGAAAACCCUCCAUCAUGCGGAGAGGGACGGUUGACAGUAUGUCGAAUUGCUGUAACUAAGCAGUAAAGCAUUUUUUUUGGAAGAGUUUCCUUUGAAAUCAAGUGAAUUAUACAGUUCAAUUAUACAGUUCAAAAUGACAGUAUUUAUACUGUCAUUUUCAAGGUCUAAUUCAGGAAACAGAUUCAGAGACAAUGAUCUAAGUUCAACAGCCACGUUGAGGAUAAGUCACUUCCUCCAAGAUGGGUGUUAAUUCUUGGACGUAAUCUUUUUAGUGGGUUUAACCCUUAUCACAGCCAGACACACGGACAACACGUAGUAUCAUUCCCCUUAUGAUUGGAUACCGUUGUUCAGGAACCAUGUGGCACCAUUGUCGUCCAAACACCAAUGAUAGAAAAUCCAUGAAUGUGAAUACACCUCAAAUUAUAGGUUAAAGAACAAUUAUGACCACUGGACAGAACCAUGAAUAUGUAUUUGUUGAAUGAUGUGCUUUUAGAUAGCAGGGAAGAUUUUUUCUUGAAAAUAAAAAAUGAAUUUACCAUAAGUUACAGCCCUGAAGUCUUGGUUUCAAAAGCCACUGCGCAUACUGCCAAGCCUCCAGUCAUUUUGGCUUUUUGGGCUUUUUGGACAUGUUUUUGCCUUCCCCUGGAGCAGAACGGCAUGUUACGGUCGCAUAACAUCGAGUAAGGGAAAGAAACAAUUCUCUCUACCUCAUUGGGCCAAAGAAUUAUUGAUAUCUUUCAUCACCGGUAAACGCUUGGGGAGGUAGGAUGUCAAUCCCCUUUUGGUAUCGUAGUCUUUGCACAUUUUCUUUUGUUGGGGGGGUGUGACUCGCUUGAUCUGCAUGUCUGCCACUCGUACAAUACUGGUGGAAAAAAGAAACUUGUGACAUCUGUCUGUGGUUUUGAACGGAAGCCUGACAUGGAUUGCAGAAAGGGUUUACAACGACACUUUGAACUAAACCUUUUGCUGGUACGAAUAUAUGACAUGUUUAUUUAAUGCCCAAUUAAAGGGGGCGAAUGUGGGAUGUGGUUAUUUAAUUUAUACCAUCAGAUGAGCAUAUUAAUGGGAGGUUCAGUGAUUAUAUAGCGGAAUGUUGUCGGUGAUACCUAUGUCUAAAUCAUCAAUAUGUACAUCAAAUGUCUUUUGCAAAAUAAACAUCCUAACACCACACUU